AUUGUACAACUACGAUUUUCUAUUGGCAAUAUUCUUUACAUAAAGUCUUAACAAUAUUCCAUCGCAAAAGAGUAUGAAACGGUUUUUUAAAACUAACUUAACUGUACAUGUGCGAAAACCGCAAUGGGGGGCAGCACAAAGUAACGUUAUGCAAAAUCGAUGUUUAUGCAAUAGCAUAGCUAGACCAAGUUUACAUUUGGAUUUAGAAUGUAAAGAAAUUAUAUAUCAAGGCUUGGUAAAUCAACAACAGAGAAGAGGUUAUGCACCUACAAUUUCAUCCACUUUAGUCAAGGAAUGCUGGAAUUGUAAGAAAUCUCUCGACAUGUCGACGGAAGCUAUGAUGUGUGGAAAUUGUCAUCACUUGCAAGACGUUGACAAGGAUAUUAAUUAUUUUAACUUAAUGAAUAUAGCACAAGAUUUCUCACUCGAUGCGCAAUCUUUAACUAAACGCUUUCGUCAAAUGCAAUCAAUAGUGCAUCCUGAUAAAUUCAGUAAUAAGUCUUCACGUGAACAAAACAAUUCAGCCGAUUGGAGUUCUUUAAUUAAUAAGGCUUAUAAAACAUUAUUGAUACCCAUAGAACGUGGUCAGUAUUUGUUAAAUUUAAGUGGUCUUCAAUUACCUCAAGAUAAUAGCGCACUAAAUAAGGAAUUUCUUAUGGAAAUGAUGGAGCGUAAUGAACAAGUUGAAGAUGCCACUAACAUCGAAGAUCUCAAAAAGUUGAGCAAACGUCUAAAAGACGAUUUAGAAAAAAAAGUGCUCGAAUUGAGUCGAGCCUUUAAUGAUAGUAAUUUUGAGGUUGCACAGUUGUUGCUAAUAGAAAUGAAAUAUUUAAUUAGCAUAGAGAAUAGUGUUAAAAAUAAAUCACAAACAUUGAUGAACGGAAUUAGCUCUUGAGAAAGUGAGAGCGAGAAUAUU